AUGGACGAGGCCGCGGGGGAGCUGAAGCAGGCGCUGCCCGCCGUGUGCGACGCCGCGCUCGUGCACGUGGAGGUGCAUCAGCGAGCGAGCAGCACAGCAAAGAAAGAAGAUAUCAGGACGAGCGUCUUAAAGCUGCUGAACAGACAUAACGUUGUGUUUGGAGAUUACAAGUGGACAGAGUUCGAUGAUGGUUUCCUCAACAGCAAUGUGCAGUCUGUGUCAGUUGUGGAUACAGAGCUGAAACUGAAAGAAAGACAGCCCAUCGACUUGAGCAAAAGCAGUCUUUCUCUUCAUAUCUUCCAUCUGAAUGAAGAAGGACCGAGCUCUGAAAACUUAGAGGAAGAGAAUGAGGAUAUUGUUGCAGCAAACCACUGGGUGCUCCCUGCAGCUGAAUUCCAUGGCCUUUGGGAAAGUCUUAUAUAUGAUGUUGAAGUAAAAUCACAUCUACUUGAUUACGUGACGACAACAUUGCUAUUUUCUGACAGAAAAGUUGACAGCAACCUGAUAUCAUGGAACAGAGUUGUUUUGUUGCAUGGACCUCCAGGGACUGGUAAAACUUCACUCUGUAAAGCAUUGGCCCAGAAGCUGACAAUUCGACUGUCACACAGGUAUAGGUAUGGACAGUUAAUUGAGAUAAACAGCCAUAGCCUUUUCUCUAAAUGGUUUUCGGAGAGUGGCAAGCUUGUAACCAAGAUGUUCCAGAAGAUUCAAGAGUUAAUUGAUGACAAAGAUGCUCUUGUAUUUGUACUGAUUGAUGAGGUAGAAAGUCUCACGGCAGCCCGAAAUGCCUUCCAGGCAGGAACAGAGCCUUCAGAUGCCAUUCGUGUGGUGAAUGCUGUACUGACACAAAUAGAUCAGAUUAAAAGGUAUCCCAAUGUAGUUAUUCUGACUACUUCAAACAUUACGGAGAAAAUUGACUUGGCCUUUGUAGACAGGGCUGACAUAAAGCAGUAUAUUGGACCUCCAUCUGCUGCAGCAAUAUUCAGAAUAUAUCUUUCUUGCUUGGAAGAACUGAUGAAGUGUCAAAUCAUAUAUCCUCGUCAGCAGCUCUUGACACUGAGAGAGUUGGAAAUGAUUGGCUUUGUAGAAAAUAAUGUCUCAAGGUUAAGCCUUGUGUUAAAAGAAAUCUCAAGAAGAAGUGAAGGUCUCAGUGGCAGAGUCUUAAGGAAACUUCCCUUCCUAGCACAUGCACUUUACAUUCAAUCCCCCAGUGUUACAAUGACCACAUUUCUUCAGGCUCUUUCACUUGUAGUGGACAAGCAAUUUGAAGAAAGAAAGAAACUUUCAAGCUCCGUGUGACACUACUGUUUUUUUUAGUUGUCUGUAUUGUUGCCACUGAAACAUAUAUAUUUUGAAUACAAAAUGUGCCCCUUUUAUACAUUUGUUAAAUAGAUUGUCAACACCUGAAGAAACCUGUAAUGUCUCAUCUAGUUUUUGACAAGAGUGAUAAAUUA